CGACAACGCGAGAAAAAUUAGUAUUUUUGCACUUCACAAAUUAAUGGCCAUGAGUUCGUUUUUGAUAAACUCCAACUACAACGAACCCAAGUUCCCUCCUUGCGAAGAAUACUCACAGCUCGGCGGCGGCGGCGGGAACAACUACCACCAUCCACACUCCCACCAACACCCCCAUCCCCAUCAUCCCCAGCAAGAGCAAAAACUACAGCAGCUGCACCUGCGCCAGCCUCUUCCAGACUUCUACCAGCGGCCGAGCAGAGAGCCGGGAUACCAGCCUCCGCAGCCCCCCACGGCGCGGUACCUAACGCAGCCCUCCCACUACCCCGAGUCGCCUUACAACUACAACAGCCUCAGCGCCCCUCCGGGGCAGGAGCAUCCAGCUCCGGGAGCCACGCCACUCCCUUCAGCACAGCCGCCGCCGGCUUCAUCCGCUCCUGCCCCGAAGGGCCAUCAAGUGGCCUCCCAACCCUUGCUCCAAGGCCACGGCCCACAGCCUCAGCCCCAGCAGCGUCCUUGCGAAGCAGCUUUGGGAGCAGCUUCCGGGGGUAGUCCCGGCUGCCCCCUUUUGCCCGAAAAGAGCUCCCCCAGCCUCAAAGGGAAGGAGCCGGUGGUCUACCCCUGGAUGAAGAAGAUCCACGUGAGCACGGUCAGCCCCAGCUACAAUGGAGGGGAGCCAAAAAGAUCUCGGACUGCCUAUACAAGACAACAAGUCCUGGAGCUGGAGAAGGAGUUCCAUUUUAACCGCUACCUGACCAGGAGGCGACGCGUUGAGAUCGCGCACACACUCUGCCUCUCUGAGCGGCAGGUCAAGAUCUGGUUUCAGAACCGGCGGAUGAAGUGGAAGAAGGAUCACAAAUUGCCUAACACCAAGAUGCGCUCCUCCAACAAUUCUGGUCACCACCAGCCAGCCAAAGCUCCAGCCCAGCAGGGCCCGCCGACCCCCAGAAGCAGGGCCACUUUAAACUCAGCCUCACUAUGA